AUGUUCUAUUCAAUACGCUGUUUCUGGAAAAGUUACUUUCAGUAGCUUGAAUUUUCCCACCCUUUUUUGAGAUGAAUAUUUUAGGGUUCUUUCAAAUCUGCGGGAACAGACGAUGCGGGUUCGACCAAUGAGGAAGAGCUGCGCGAUUUCCGGUUCCCUUAAUUUUUUUCGCUGAAACUUUUUUUUUUGGGAACUAUCUUGAUUUUCUCAACAAACGAGAAACUUCAGCGGCCACAGCAGCCAUCUGUGCUGAAAUGGGCCAUCAAGAAGAAGUUUGUCAAUGUCGAACGGUUUUGUAUUCCGAUCUCACGCCUCGUUAUGACACAAUCUUCAGGUUGUGGCCGGUGUCGUGCCCCCAAUGCCUUUUGUUCUCGUUCAAAACGACCGUCAUCCUGCAUGUCAAACUGAUGGUGUCCUUCGAUCUCGACAGCUGUUUCAAAAUGCGUUUACAGACCUACAGAGCUUACCGUUCCCAAGUAUUUUUGUUCUGGGGAAGAAGAACAACUACAAACGAAUCGGUUUAAAAAGUUUUGAGAAGGUUUUCCUAACGUUUCUUUUGAAAAAAAGUUUAGUUCAAGACAUGCGUCGCAAAGAAUAAAACCGAGAUGGGGUCUCCCAGCAAGGAACGGUUGGAAAAACGCCGAGAACUCAAAAACAAUCUUUUCCGGCACCUGGGCAUCGUCCGAACCGCCGUCGAUGUCGUGGUUUUCAAAUUUUUCUUGAUCUUUCAUUUAAGAAGUCGACCCUAACGUAAAAUUUGUACACAGACAGGAAAUUUUUUUGCGAAUGAAAGCAAAGUACUGUUUGUAUUCGCUACAAAAAUUAUGAAUAGCGUUUUUUUUCACGAAUAAAAUGUUGAAGGAUGCCGAUGGAAUGAAGCAAGAGGACUCGAAACCGACAAAAAGCAAGGAGUCCAUUGCAAACACCUUUUGCACCUUGUGUUGCCAAAACUUCAGCAGCUCAAAGAUGCUUCUUCUUCACAACACUAAAGUGAUCAUUUCGCAUCUAAUCAGCAAAAGUUUUGGAUUUCAGCAACACGGAAAAGCGAGUAUGGAAUGUCCAGUGUGCGGGAAAACCCUCAAAACGACGGCGGCUUUCAACAAACACAUGAAGACUCAUCUCGGCGAUGUACAGUACCACAUCACUUGCGAACUUUGCGAUCGCAAGUUCAAGGUUUUCAAAGCCAACGGUUUUUGAAUUAUUGAGAAAUUUCAGAAUAAGCAGUCUUUGUACACCCAUGUUAAAGUGUCUCACGGCGAAGAUGAGUAUGAAAACCUUUUUUCACAGAAAGGAGCCACCGCAUAA